AUGCCAGCCAAUAAAGACUCUGCCAUCAAACGACUCAACCAGAUCUCCUCGCACAUUAAGACUGACUCCCAAUCAAAGGGUGGAAAAGGCAAAAAUACACGCGGCUCUUCUCUGCCCGCAGACUGGUCUGACGUACUUAACGAGCUUGAGGUUAUAAAGAAGUUCGCGCGAACGCCGAAGUAUGAGACCACGGGCUAUAAGCGUCAGAAAGAAAGUGGAAAAUUAUGGGUUCGUGAGCGUAUUGAGCUACUUCUUGACCCGGGCUCAUUUGAGGAAGUCGGCAGUGCUGCUGGUACCGCAGUCUGGAUGCGAAAUCCAGACCAGACGGGCACCAUAACCGAGCAGGAGAAGGAAGUUAUCAAGGACUUCACUCCAAGUAACAAUGUACAAGGUUUUGGGAAAAUCAGAGGGCGUAGGGUGAUGUUAACUGCUGAUGACUUCACUCUGAGAGCUGGUCACGCAGAUGGAGCUCUCAUGCCGAAAACUUUAUACAUGGAAAAGCUGUGUGUGCAUUUGAAGAUUCCUAUGAUCAAACUGGUUGACGGCGCGUCUGGCGGAGGCUCAAUAACAAGUUAUCGUGAGCACAAGGCAUCGUAUCUUCCAGAGCUAGAGUUGCUUUCGUGGCUGGCAAGCAUAGCUGGACCAAAAUUCUCGAACAAAACUGACAUGUCACAGAUGAAAGAGCUUGAUCUUGGAAUCCCACAGUGCGCCGCAGUCGUCGGUACUGCUGUUGGCCUCGGCGCAGCCAGAGCAGCUGUGUCGCACUUCAGCGUUAUUGCUGCAGAUAUCGGAAGUUUGUUUAACGCAGGUCCUAAAAUUGUCGAGGGUGCAACGUUUGAGGAAGAUCUAAGCUUUGAUGCUCUAGGUGGCCCGCGAAUCCAUUGCUCAAACGGGGUAAUCGACAAUAUCGCUCCUGAUGAGAAGGGAUGCUACGACCAGAUUGCCCAGUUUUUAAGUUACGUACCUAACCAUGGCGGUAUAUUGCCUCCAGUUUUACCAGGCGACGAUGAUCCCAACCGACUAUGCCCCGAGUUGAGAACAGCCAUCCCUAGACGUGCUCAGAGGAUGUAUGAAGUUCGCCCUAUUAUUGAGUCACUAGUUGACAAGGGAUCGUUUUUCGAGAUUGGUCCAUACUGGGGAAAUACGGUUGUUGUUGGGCUCGCACGGCUAGGCGGUCGACCUGUAGGUAUUUUUGCAGAUGACCCGAUGAACAAUGCGGGCGCAUUAGACACGGCGGGAUCACAAAAAUAUUCCAAGCACCUUAGACGCUGCGAUGUCAUGGGGCUGCCCAUAGUUCAGCUUGUUGAUAUUCCCGGAUUUGCAGUUGGAACAGUUGCUGAAAGAAGUGGUGUGAUGAAAUGGGGCCUCGAGAUGUACAAGACACUGUUUUCUACGACCAUACCUAUCUUUACUGUCAUCACUAGACGCUGCUAUGGUAUUGGAGGUGCCAUAUUGGUUGCAAACAGAGACCCAAACACUAGGGUUGCGUGGCCAAGCGGGAAUUGGGGCUCAAUCCCUCUUGACGGUGGUAUAGAAGUCAAUCAUCGGGCGGAGCUUAAACGCGCUGGUGAUAAACGAGAUGAACUAUAUGCUCGACUGGAAGCUGAAUACAUGAAUCUCCAGAACCCGGUGCGAACGGCUAAUCGCUUUGGCGUGGAGGAAAUAAUUGAUCCAGCAAAAACGCGAUCGAUAAUAUGCAGAUGGGCAAAGCAUAUGUAUGAGAACAAUUUGAUUGAACGCCUUCAGCAAAGAGCUUGCGGUAAUAUCAAACCCUCCUUUCGCUAGCUUUGGUAGUGCGGUUCAUGUACUACACAAGUGAAGGCAAUUCAAAAUAAAGGC